GCACAACCAUCUUGUCACUUCUCAUGACCUGCAACUUUGCUUGACUUAAUCCGAAUUCUCUGCGAUCUGUCUAGUUGACUGUAAUUGUUUUCGAUUGCCUGCACACCCAACUCUCAUUCCGUUGCCCGUCAUGGCAGGGCCAACGCCUAAUGCAAGCCGUAAUCCGGCGAAGCCUCCAGCUUCAACCACGAACAAGUCUUCCACAAUCAAGAAGCAGCGCUCAAUCGCGUCCUUUUUCCAAAAGUCGUCCCCUGCCGCCGCUCCUGCAUCUUCGCCACUCUCAGAAAAGGUCAACAGCCCCGUUCCCUAUUUCCAAGAGUCCACCAAUACCAACGCUCUCCAAAAGAUGAAGAAGACGAAACUCGAAACGACCAUGAAUAGCGACGCCCUCGAAGUUCCGAGCUCUCAAGAGAACCAGAUACCAAGUGACUUGCCAUCACCCAGCACAGCGCCCACUCGUUCCAAGCCGAGCGCUGUCAAGCUUGAGAUAGUGGGAAGCAGCCCCUCCCGGAAGGCGAAAAAGGUUGUUACGUACGCGGAAUCGUCCGAUGAUGAGGAGCCAUUUGCAUAUGGAGCAUCGAGCUCACAGAGCAGACGUGCUAGAGCCACGGCUGUCGUGAAGGAUGAGGACGAUUUUGAAGUAGAAGAAGACGAUGCCGCGGAAGACGAUGACGACAUCGAUGACUUCGUUGCCUCUGACGACUCGGAACCAAAAUCCAAAAAACGCAAAAGAUCGACCAAGGCCGCCUCUUCAAGGAAGAAGCGGACACCUCCGCAGGAUGAAGAGGUGUCCCUUGAAGACAUCGAAGACGUCGACAUGGAGGGACUGCUAGAAGAUGUCCCAGCCUCCACAGCUUCACAAUGGCACUACGACCCUGAAGGUGCCGAACAACCCGUCAAGGUCCCCGAGAGUAGGACAAAAGCGCCCGGUACCAAGCAAAAGGCCCAUACCAGUGAGCCAUCUGACCGCUAUCCUUGGCUGGCUAAGAUCCAGGACAAGGAGAGGAGGUCCCCCGGUGAUCCCGAUUACGAUCCAAGGACAGUCUACAUUCCUCCCCUCGCCUGGGGCAAAUUCUCGCCUUUUGAGAAACAGUACUGGGAGAUCAAGCAGAACCUCUGGGAUACCAUCGUCUUCUUCAAAAAGGGCAAGUUUUACGAGCUCUACGAGAACGAUGCUACCAUAGGCCACCAAGAAUUUGACUUCAAGAUGACCGAUCGCGUCAACAUGCGCAUGGCGGGCGUUCCCGAAAGCUCACUAGACCACUGGGUCAACCAGUUCAUCGCCAAGCAGUACAAGGUGGCCCGAGUCGACCAGAUGGAAACCAACCUGGGAAAGGAGAUGCGUGAGCGCCAGGACAAGAGUGGGAAGAAAGCAGACAAGGUCAUCACACGUGAGUUGGCAUGCGUGCUGACCGGUGGCACUUUGGUCGACGGCAGCAUGCUCCAGGACGACAUGGCAGCCUACUGCGUGGCGAUCAAGGAAUCAUUGGUCGACGACUUGCCUGCGUUUGGUAUCGCGUUCACCGACACUGCGACGGGUCGCUUCCACCUGUCUGGUUUUGUCGACGACGUGGACCGGACCAAAUUCGAGACACUGAUUGCCCAGACGGGCCCCAAGGAGCUCCUACUUGAGAAGUCCAAGGUUUCCACCAAAACCAUGCGAAUCUUGAAAAACAACGUCAGUCCCACGACCAUAUGGACACACAUGAAGUCCGGCACAGAAUUCUGGGACGCCGAAAGAGCGCGACGUGAGCUCACCGCAGGCGACUACUUUGACGUCUGGCCCGAGGCUCUACAAGAGCACAAAGAUGAAGAGCUCGUCAUGUCUGCCGUGGGCGCUCUCAUUUCGUAUCUCAAAUUCCUCAAGGUGGAGCGGCCGCUCCUCACGCAGGGCAGUUUCGAGCGUUACAAUCCCAUACAGAAGAAUGGCACGCUCAUUCUAGACGGACAGACGCUCGUUAACCUUGAACUAUUUUCCAACACUGCUAACGGCACCACCGAAGGGACGCUGUUCAGCUUGCUUAAUAAGUGUGUGACGCCCUUUGGAAAGCGCAUGUUCAGGCAGUGGGUAGCACACCCCUUGUGUGACAUUCGCAAAAUCAACGAGCGCCUGGAUGCCGUGGAGAUGCUCAACAAGGACUCAUCUUUGCGCGAGCAAUUUGCGUCCCAAUUGACCAAAAUGCCUGACCUGGAGCGCCUUAUUUCCAGAAUCCACGCUGGCGCGUGCAAAGCCGAAGAGUUCGUGCGUGUGCUGGAAGGCUUUGAGCAAAUCGAAUACACCAUGGGGCUGUUGAGCACGUUCCAAGGUGGACAUGGUGUCGUUGAUCAAUUGAUCUCGUCCAUGCCAAGCCUCGAGGAGCCUCUGAACUACUGGAAGUCUGCAUUUGAUCGCGAAAGGGCAUGCAAAGACAAGCUGUUGAUUCCUGAGCGUGGCAUCGACGACGACUUUGAUGCCAGUCUAGAUCGCAUGGAUGAGAUCAAGGCAGACUUGCACCAGUUGCUGGCGGAGCAAAAAGCUGCCCUCAAGUGCAAGACAAUGAAGUUCACCGACGUUGGCAAGGAGAUUUAUCAGAUGGAAACACCCAAAUCAACCAAGGUCCCAUCGGGCUGGCGUCAAAUGUCAGCUACCAAGGACGUCAAGCGUUGGUACUUCCCCGAGCUCACCGCACUGGUGCGCGAUCUGCAGGAAGCAGAAGAGACACAUUCUCAGCUGGUCAAAGACGUUGCUUUGAGGUUCUUCCAGAAGUUUGACGUGGACUACGAUACUUGGCUCAAAGCCAUUCGCAUCGUCGCCCAGCUAGAUUGCCUCGUCAGCCUGGCCAAGGCAUCCACCUCACUCGGCCAGCCAUGCUGCCGCCCCGAGUUCGUGGACGAGGAACGCAGUCUUGUCGAGUUCGUCGAGCUCCGACAUCCGUGCAUGAUCAACAAUGUGGACGACUUUAUCCCGAACGACAUCAAGCUUGGAGGCGAGCAAGCCAAGAUCAACCUCCUCACAGGCGCCAACGCAGCAGGCAAAUCGACGGUGCUCCGCAUGUCCUGCGUUGCUGUCAUCAUGGCACAGGUCGGCUGUUUUGUUCCAGCAGUGUCUGCCCGCUUGACACCUGUUGACCGUAUCAUGUCGCGCCUCGGAGCCAACGACAACAUUUUCGCGGCGCAGUCCACCUUCUUUGUGGAGCUCUCGGAAACCAAAAAGAUUUUGUCCGAGGCCACGCCUCGAUCCCUCGUCAUCCUCGACGAGCUGGGCCGCGGUACCAGCUCGUAUGACGGUGUCGCCGUGGCACAGGCUGUUCUGCAUCAUGUGGCGUCGCACAUUGGGUGCGUUGGGUUCUUCGCAACGCACUAUCACUCCCUCGCCACCGAGUUUGAGAGUCAUCCAGAAAUUUAUGCUCGCCGCAUGCAGAUUCACGUUGAUGAUGAGAACCGCCGGGUGACCUUUCUCUACAAGCUCGAGGACGGUGUUGCUGAGGGAUCCUUUGGUAUGCACUGCGCAGCAAUGUGCGGCAUCUCAGGAAAGGUGAUUGAGCGAGCAGAGGUGGCUGCUCGAGAAUGGGAGCACACCAGUCGCCUGAAGGACAGUCUCGAGAAAGCCAAGACAGGUUGCUACAUACCACUCGGCGUGCUGAGCGAUGUAGGUGGUUUGCUCGGCGACAAGGGGGACUUUGGCCCAGGAGGUAUGGAUGUCUUGCUCAGAGCUAUUGAUGCAUUGUAAGAAACUUGAACAGGGCGCUACAUAUUUUGGGACUUGCACCGUUUUGUGGGAACGGCGUUUGCUACAUACCAGGUUCGGACUAUCUAUAGGGGUAGAUAGGGGCAGAUCGUUUGCUCCGAAUAAUACGAUAUGACAAAGGCCUG